CCUUUCAAAGAAGAAAAUAGUGGCUGCGCAGUCUUCCGGUGUCCUUGUACGACCAUACGACGACUGUUGACGUGGAGCUAUGUACCGACACAUUCAAGCGCUCCAGCAGGUGUCGCGGCGGACACUGAGCACCAGUGCGCGCAGGCAGGUGGAGAACAAGGUCCCACAUAAACAGAAGCAUUUCCAGGAGGACAAUGGGAUUCCAAUUCAUUUGAAAGGGGGUGUCAGCGACGCCAUCCUGUACAGAGCAACAAUGGCACUCACCAUCCUAGGAUCUGCAUAUGUCAUAUAUGAACUGGUUUGUGCCGCUUUCCCCAAGAAGAAGGAGUGACUCCAGCUGCUGGGCUUACCUGUUCUACAUGACACCCUAUUAGUUGUAAAAAGUUGUCUGUGUCAUCGGGGUUGAUUUGGCAUGUCAUAAUGGCUUUUGUUUCAUGUUCAUGGGAUCAAUAUUUAUUUCUGUAAUUUAUUUAUUUAUUUAUUUAUUUAUAACUGAGGAUGAUUAAAUAUGCCUCUCAUUA